GGACCACAGUAUGUUCAUAAUCGGGGCCGGUGUACCGUUGCUCUUCAAUGAAGAUUGUCCGAGGUUUUCCUACAGCUUUCCUAUUGAGUAAUUCACAUUAGAUAUGUACUUACAAAAAACUGGCUGACAAUCUGAAUUGGUUAUAAAAACAUUUACACAUCAUGUUGCUUUUUACUUAGUGAAAAAAAUGUGACGCAAAAUUUUGUAAUUGAUAUUAUUCAUGAGUCGAAUGUAUUUGAUAUUUCACGGUCAAAUGGUGAGACUCGGAAUUUGAUCUUCUGCAAUGACGAAAUUUAAUUCCAAGUAUUCUCACGCACUUAGAAUGUGAGUUACAUGUGAAAGUGAACAAAACAAGUGGUCUUUUUUUUAUUUUUAAUGAAAAAUUUUUAUUUCUUUAUUACUUUUUAUGGGCAUAAACACCUUUAAAAGCGUGUUGAGAAAGUUAGUAAGAUGUUCUUGAUAAAAAAUAGAGUGACAAACUAUGAACGAAUUGUAAUCAUCAAAUCAAUGGUUAACUAGGCCAUUCAUGUUAUGGAAAAUUACUAUUAUAUCCAUGUGAAAUUCAAGGUUGUAAAAAAGAUGACUGAACACAAAUUGAGAAUCGCAGACGUGCUAGAGACUAUUGAAUCAAAGUUGGCUUAUGUUCCUGGUGGAAGAGAUAGAGAAGGAAAGCCUAUACUUAUCGUAAAUAUUCCUACAGAGUUUCCAGAUGACUCAAUUACAAAUAUUAAAUUGGAAAAACUUAUUCGUUAUCUCCUAUCCAUUUUCAACGAUGCAUCGAGGCGAAAUGGAAUUUGUCUGAUAGUAGACGCAAGGAAAGGAUCUUGGCGAGAAACCAGAUCCUACAUCAGAAGGACUAUCAAUGCAGUGGGAAAAUAUGCAGCUCGCACAAUUGUAAUUCGAUCUGAUGGCUUUUGGGAGAAAAGAGUCGACAACUGCACAAAGUCCUGGAAGAAUGGAGAGCCAACAUACAUAUCUCUUACUAGAUUGAAUACAUAUGUAGAUUCAACUCAGAUUAGUAGUGAUUUAGGGGGAAUAAAGUACUAUGAUCACGCUGAGUGGAUUCAAAUACGAAUAAGAGUUGAAGAGUUUGAAAGAGAUGCUACAGAUUUGAUUAAUAAAUUAACCGAUCUCGAACAUAAAUUAAAAGACUACGAUAAAAUUAUUAGAAAGAAAGAACAAGAAAAAGCUAUAGAUUAUUAUUGGGAGAUUAGAGAAGAUUUAGAGUUGGUCGGUCGUUAUAUUUUACAUUCAGGAAGAGUAUUAGCAAGCAAUAUGAGUAUAGAAACUUCUCAGGAUUUUCAGGAUACUGUUAAUAACAUUCAUGAUAUUCUAGACGUGCUAGAAUCCAAGCAAACGAAAGUUGAAGACAUCUGGAGUCGUAUGACAACGAAUUUAAAUUUAAUGAAAGAAAUAAGUGAACUUGAGGAUGGUGUGGCAGAAGUUACAAACUGGAUUCUCGGUCCUGCAGAUGCAAUGCUAAAUUUUCACUGCAACGUAGGCUUUGAUGUUACGUCUUCUGAGAAUUUACGACGAGAACAUGAAGAAUUAGAAUUAGAAUGUCGGGAAACUUAUGGGAGAUAUGCUAAAAUCCUUCAUCGAAUUGAAAGCAUACCCGAAGAUUGUUUGACAGCAGAUCUCAAGUCUCAAAGAGAUUUCAUGGAUUUUGUGUGUAGAAGUUUCGCAGCCAGAUUAGAAAGGCGGAGAAAUGUUUUAAUUACUUGUCAAAGAUUUUUUCGUCUUGUAUCUGAAUAUUUCGAUAAAACCAGUGAAGUCUUCGAUAAAUUAAUCAUGGGAAAUAGAAACUGUAAUUUUUCUGAAGCAGAAGAAAAACUUAAGCACUUAGAAAGUAGCCAAUCAGACUUGGAAAAGCUUUUAAAAGAGUUAAUAAAAGGAGGCGAAAAGUUAUCAGACAUUCUAUUAAUGCCAGUUAAAGAUGCUCUAGGUCGAGAUUUAGAUAUUAAUUAUGGAGAAGAUAUAGCUAAUGUAAGAGACAUUCUAGAUGCUACGAAGGCUCGAAAAAAUAUUUUCAAUGACUCUAUGGAGUUACAAAAACUCACAUUAAAGCAAAUUAUUCUGAUUAAUGCGUAUGAAACUGAUGCCGAGCAAACGGUCAGGUGGCUUGUUGAACUUUAUAAAAGCUUGAUAGAAAAUCAUAUUGAUAUUGGUUGUAAUGCUAAUGAAAUUCAAUUACAAAGAGAAGAACUCCAGACUUUUCAAGAAACAGCACAGGGAACAUUUGAUUACGGUUGCCAACUAUUAAGUGGAGCACGAGUACUACGAAUUUCUUGCAGAUUGAGUUUAGAUUGCAAUACGAGCUUAUUCUCCCAACUACGAAAAGCUUGGCGGCAGCUCUGCUCAGUGACUCAGGAACAACUGACUAGGCUUAGAGUUUGUACAGUCUUUCACAGAAGUGUCUAUGAGCAUUGCAGUGCUCUAGAUGAUUUAAUUAGUACUGUUAGAACUUCAACAUCAAAUGUUAAACAAUCUGGAAAUGAGUUUCUACAAUCUUCAAAUUUUUGGACAGAAUUCUUAAAAGGAAUCUUGGAAAAUCGAGAAAAACUUUUGGUUAAUGUUGGAAGAACAGUUAGACUGGGGCGUCUGUUACGAACAAGAUUGAAAGAACCGUUAUACUCUCAAAUAAGCAGAAUGUUUAGUUUAGAAGAAGGAGAGGCAUCGCCAGAGCCAAGAAAUUUAUCUGCCAUCGAUGCAAUUUCUGAACGGCUUGCUGAAGUUACACGUCUUGCAGAAAAAUUAGAUGCGCGUUUGUAUGAAGCAGGAGCAAAAACACGAAUACCAAAAGAUGAUAAGGAAAAUCUUAAAGAGAAAAAAGAUAUUCCUUCUAAAGAAAUUAGUGAAGGAACAAAAGAAAUAUUGUCAGAAUCUGAAGAAAUUCGUACUGAAGAAUAUGUAACUGCUACAGAAUGUUCAGAAACACCGGUAGCAAGGUCUCGGAGCGAAUCAUUUGUUACCAUGUCAGAAUAUGAAGAUGAGAAUUCUGACGUUCGUAGAUUGGUCGAGAUUGAAGAGCACCAGGAGAAAAAGAUAUCUGAGUCUUUAGUAUCGACUGAUACCUUUGAGAAAGUUCAUGAUCCGAUCAUGAAUAAAAAUUCUAAUGUAAUUGUUGAUAUUAACCAGAAUGUUGAUGAUAAAGCGAACGUAAUAUCUAUUAUUGAAUCAAUUGAGGAAAAAGGAGGUAAAGUAGUCAAAGAAGUUACAGAAGUAACUACAUUGAGAGUCUCCCACGACACCAAGUUUGGAGUUGCUUCGUAUCAGCUCAUGUCCAAUACUGUUACGGAGAACAAAGAAGUCAAAAGUACCGAAGGAAUUCUUGAUGCAAGUCAUCAGUCACAAACAAAUCAUAAAAAUAAUCUUUCCGAUGAAAAAAAAGAUGCUUCCAAUUAUUCUAGAGAAGAAAUAACGAUCUCAGAAGUUGAGAAAAAAACUCCAGAAUUGGAAGACAGUCAUGCUUCUGAAAGUAGUCUAUCAAGAAUUGUAAAAGAAUCGUGUGAAUGUAAUAGUAAGAAUUUAAUAAACGUAAAAAAAAUAAAAUUCUUGGAAACGAAAGGUAAUGAUGACAGUGGAAUCGAAAUCACCGCAAAACAUGAUGAACAAAUAGAAAUAACUGAUGUAGAAGAAAGAGAAUUUUUUGAAAAGUUUCAAACGAGUGGAGAAUGGCUAAGGUUGAAAGUUCUGGAAGUGUACCCAGAACUGACAAGAUUAGGAACAACAGUUGAGGAAGCAAAAAAUUUGUCGGCUGCACAUGAUGAAGUUCUCGUACGUCUUCAAAGCAAACAGAGUCCAGUCGAAGAAUUAUUGAGACAAGCAGAUCAACUAAUUUCAACUCAAAGACCUCGUGCUGAAGUUUAUGCUGCUAUGGCUGAGAGUCUGGGUCAAACAUGGGCUAACGUUAAUUCUCUUCUAGAACUUCAAAAACAAAUUUUAGAUCAUAAUGUUCUUUUUCAAGGUCAAGCUGAGGAUUUCAAAGCCAACGCUAAAGCAUUAGAAAAAACUUGCAUUGAUACACUGUUGCCAAUAGAAAUAGAAGUAGUUAAAAAAUUCAUAAAUAGAAUUCAUGAUUUAAGAAAAACAAUGUUGAGUUCUUUAAUGGGAGCUUUACAAGAAGGCCGAACACUUUUGGAUUGCUUGAAAGAAAUAUCUAAUGAAGGAACACUUGAUUCAAGACCUGAUAAAAUAAAGGCUGAUGCCGAGAGUGCUGUUUUUCAAGUGGAAAAAUGGUUAGAAGAGCUUCACGACCAAAGAACGCGAAUAGAAUUAUUAUUUACAAAUAGAAAAAAUCAACUGGAACAAUGUUUAGCUUUAGCAUUACUCGCUACAGAUCUUCGAGAUCUUGAAGAAAUUUUAACUGAUAGAAUCACUGCUCUUGGGGCUAGUAGCGGUCAAUUAGGAGACUCUUCUUCAAGUGCAGAGCUGUUAUUAUUUGAGUUGAAAAAACUCCAAGCAGAAGCUAAAAAUCUUCAAGAUCGAGCCUUAAAAAUUACUAAAUCGACAGAAAAAUUUGUUUCAUCGAAACAUUUUGCUGGAGAACAAGCAACUGAGCAAGCAUAUGAAAUAUUAGCCACAGCAACAGAUUAUAUUAACGAUUUAGAACAAUAUGAAGGUCUUUUGAACAGAGCAAUACCAUUUUUUGAUUCAGCUAGAUCGGCAUUUACAAAAUUAGAUCAACUUGAAAUUCAACUAGCGACAACAGAUUAUCCACUAUAUUCAACUCCACUAGCUCGUUUCCAUGCCCAAGCUUCAACUAUGCUGACGGAAGUCAUUACUAGUCCUUUGGCAGAAGGUUAUGCUUUGCUCGAUGUUACGGGAAGAGGAGCGCCCAAUGCAGAUGGAAUUAGAAGAACUGUAGAAGAAUUAGAGAACAGAAAAAUUAGUCUUUUAGAACGUUGUACGGCUCAUAAAGAAGAGAACUUGAGGAUAUCUAGAGGAUUGGCUAUUUUCUUCGAAAAGUACGAUGAAUUAAGAUCAUGGCUUAGUGGAAUAGCCAAUGCAUUUCUUCGAGGUCAUCAAGAUAUGGGAAGUGAUCUUCCAAUGGCUAAAGAUUUUUAUAAAAUCCACUGUCAGCUAUUAGAGGACUUAAGUAAACGUGGAGAUGAGAUUGAUGAAGCUCUAGCAAUUUUAUCAGGAACGAUCAUAGAAAUUGUUGAUGAAAGACAACGAUCCGCUCAAAAAAAGAAUAUUGAAGAUCGGGUAGAUGAGUUAAGAGAUUCAUGGCUUGAUUGUAGACACACGGUUGAAGCUAGAGUAAAUCUGAGUGCUCUUUAUGUCGAUUUUCAUGAAACUGCUGUAAUCUUAAGUAAAGACGUUGAUGAAAUUGAAAGUGAAUUCAAGAAAAGUACUGACAGUCUGCAAGAGAGUAUGAUUAAUAGAUUAGAGCAAAAAUGGAGCGAACUUCAACCAUUAUACAUGAAACUUACGAAUUAUGGAGCUAAAUUUUUAGCCGAAGCUGAUAUAUGCACUGAUGCGUACUUGGACAUCCCGCGUGCUCGACUCUGCGUGGAAACGACCUUGGAGCGUUUCGCCAACAAGCAACUGACCGUAACGGAAUCUUGGGAGAACUGGCAAACUUCUGUUGUAACGACGAGAGAGCAGAGAAUUGAACAGGAAAAACAAAUUGAAGAAACUACGAGAACACUAACGUGGGCUUCUAAGUUUGGAGAACAAUUGUAUCCUAUCAUGACAUCUGAGUCUAUAAAACCGUCAGUUGUCUUUCAAGAUCUUAAAAGCACUAAACUGGGUAUCCUACCGGAGUUAAAGAGAGCUGUAAGUGAGCUAGAUGUCAGGAUUAAAAGUGUUGAAAACUUCUCUAUUGGAGAUGAAAAAACGAACGAGCGAGCCAAAGGACAAAUUCUACGUGUUUAUGAACAUCUUCGAACAACUUCUACCAAUUAUCAAAUCCUUUUAGAAUCUCUGAUAUCAAUUUUCCAAAAUUUUGUUCAAAUUGAAAAUAAAACAGAUGAGAUACACGAAAUUCAAUAUGAAUUGGAGAAGUCGACGGCUGGAUUUUUAUCAGAAUCUAGUCGAAAUGAUAUUCGAUUUAAAGUCGAGGUUGUAAAAAAAAUCCACGAAUCAAUUGUCGACAUCUUAAAAAGCCUUGAGCCCACGAUUGAUCGAGUGAUAUCGAUAAUCGAAGUACAAGAACCACCUUCGGCUGCUAAAAAAGAAAUUGAAAAAUUAAAUCAGAUUUUUAAAGCAGUUUCUAUAUCAUUCGAAACAUCGUGCGCAGAAACUCAAUUAAAAUUAAGUAAACGUUUACUUUUUUGCAAUUUUGCUGAUGAUUUGGAUCGUAUCGAUGUUGAUCUUCAGUAUCUUAGUAAGCAAUUAGGUGGAAGUACUGAGACUGGAUAUCGCUUUGCUGGAGAUUCUUUGCCAUCUGCAGAAGCAGCUGCAUUAGCAUUCAUUGAAUUUGAAAAGACUAUUACAGUUUUAGAAGAUAGAAUAAAAAUAUUUAUUAAAAAAACUGAAGAUAAUUUUGAGUUAACCAGUCCGGAUUUAGCUCCUGUCGUUCAUCGUGAAUUAUCGAAGCUUCAAGAGCGAUGGAAUCAAUUAAAAUCAUUAUCACAAAGUACUCAAAAGCGAAUAAAUUUAAGUAUUGAGUAUUUUAAGCUUCUAGAGGAAGCUAAGAACUGGUCUCGAGACGGAAAUAAAUUGCUAAUAGUAAUAGCAAGAAAAACAUCAGCAAUAAAGACCCCAGACGAAGUAGAAGCAUGUUUAGAAGAUAUUGAUAAGUUUUUAAAGCCUGGGGAAGAAAUUCAAGAAAAUAGAAUUAAAAGAAUUCGAGAAUUUUCUACGAAAAUUUUUGGCACUGAUCGAUUACCACAAUUCAAUGAAGUUGUUGUUGAAAAUAGAGAAACAUUAGAUUCGUUCGCCGUGAUAGCAUCAGAGUUGAAAACUCUAGUCCAGAAUCUGAAAAAUUCUGUAGAUAUUCUUGAAGAAAAACAGAAAGAAAAAGAACGAGAUGAUGAAACAUUACGACAAUUAAAUAUUGCUAGAAUUGAAGCACGGGCAGCAUAUGAAGCAGAAAUAGAAGAAAAAAGAAUCAAUGCUGAAAUGGAGAAAAGAAAAAAAUAUGAGCAUGCAUUAAAAAGUUCAGUCUCUACUCCAACUGAAAAACAACAUACGAUUGUGGAAGAAACCGUAACUUCCGCCAAUACCACUAAGGAGAUUCGGAUUUUACAAAAGACUGCGGUGGAAGAAAGUUUACCGGUUCUAGUACCAUCACUGCCACACGUUCAUAAGCAAGUAGAUGAAUCUAAAGAGAUAAAGGUAGUGAAGGAACUUGUUUUGACUCAAGCACCCAGGUUUAUCAUACCUUUAAAUGAUUCUACCGUUGAAGAAGGUAAUCGAUUUAUCUUUGAGUGUAAAUUAGAAAAUGGAAAACCAAAGCCUGAAAUAGUGUGGUACAAAGAUGGAAUUUCAAUUUUAAAUAAUCCUGAUUAUUUACCGAGUUAUGAUGAAGAAACUAGUGUCUGUUCAUUGACUAUUGAAGAAACAUUUGCUGAAGACUCUGCUAGAUUUGCUUGCAAGGUCUCCAAUACUGCUGGAGUCGUUGAAACAGGAGCUGUUCUUAAUAUCAAAAAAGCUACUACAGAUCAGCAGUUAAGUCCUCCAGCCUUCAUAAAAGGAUUAGAGCCUUCUAUAGCGAAAAAAGGAUCACAUCAUUUUUUAUCCUGCACUGUAACAGGAAAUCCUCUACCAACAGUUCAAUGGUUCAAAGAUGAUAUAAAUAUCGACGAUUCUCCAGACUAUGUAAUUACUUACAACAAUGGAGAGGCAGUGUUGAAAUUCUUAGAAAUAUUAUCCGAUGAUAAAACUGUUUAUACUUGUACAGCUACAAAUAAAUUAGGACAAGCAUCGACCUCAGCGAAUUUAGAAGUACAAGAGGGGAAGGAAGUAGAAGUGAUUCAAACCAACGGUAUCUCUAGUUUAUCUCCAGAACCUGAUGAAGACAGUAAAGAAAUAUUAAGUUCGAAGGUCAGUUUUAUCAAGGAGCACAGGAUAAUUGAAGAAUCUCAUAUUAUUAAGAUUGAAAGCCACACGGAGGAGAUGGGAGGGAGAUUGAGUCAAGUUAAACCUGAUGCUUCAGCACAGGAAAUCAUUGCAUCCAAGACUGAAGUUGUUCCGGUGAAAAUUGAAACAUUAGAAAAAAGUUCAGCGAUGCCCGAGUAUUAUCAUAUUCCUGAAUUUAUUCAACCAAGUGUGCAAUUACCUCUUAAAGAUGUGCAAGUUUUUGAAGGAAAAACAGUGAGACUUGACUGUAUAAUUAUUGGACAGCCUGAGCCUGAAGUAAUCUGGUAUCAUGAUGAUCAGCCAGUCAAAGAAUCUGCAGAUUUCCAAUUACUAUUUCAAGGUGACAGAUGUUCGCUCAUAAUUCAAGAAGCUUUUCUUGAUGAUGCCGGAAAAUAUAAAGUUGUUGCUAUCAAUAGCAAAGGAAAAGCUUCAAGUGAAUGCAUUUUAUCUGUAAUUCCGGUUUCUGACGCUGCCAAAAAAUCUACAGAAAGCUCUUCUCCGCAAUUUUUAAAAUUAAUAUCCGACGUGAUAGUAUUAGAAGGUGAAGAUGCUAUCUUUGAAUGUCAAGUGAUAGGAGAGCCAAAACCAGAUUUGAGAUGGUAUUUUAAUAACGAAGAAAUUAUGUUUAUGCAAGAGAGAAUUACAAUGACACAUGAUGAGUCGGGAAAUUGCUCACUAAAAAUUUGCACAACAACGACUGAAGAUAAAGGAAAUUAUGUAGCAAAAGCUACAAAUCUUUUCGGAGAAGCAAAAGCAAUAGCUCGAUUAGUAGUAAAUUCAUCAAGCAAUGAUGUAUAUAAACGCGAAGAAUUAAUUACAGUAGAAGAAAAUUUAAUCCCACCAUAUUUUGAAGAUAAGUUUGAAGAAAAUCGAAUCGUCUCAGUGGGAAAUUCAACCACAUUUGAAUGCGUAGUCCGGGGAAAGCCAGCGCCAAAGAUUCAUUGGUUAUUCAAGAAUAAACCUGUGUUUGGAAAAAAUUUCCUAGUAUCUGGAUGUGGUGAAAGACAAAUUCUGACCAUACCAGAAACAAGUCAAGAACACGUGGGUUCAAUCUCGUGUGUGGCUGAAAACUCAGUGGGAAAGGCAACGUGUACUGCACAACUUGAAGUCAGAGGUGAAGAGACUCAGGUGACGGUGAAAGGGGUGGAGGACGUUGAAGUAGAUUUGGUAGCGAACAAACCCGAUAUGCAAGCUUCAAGCAGUAGUGAGAAACACUUCACAACAGAAAGGAGAGUGUCACCAGGCGACCAAGUGGAUGAGAGUGUUCUCACUAAAAUGUCGUCCUCAAUUACUCAGUCUUCAACAACAAGGUCUAGUUGUACUAAGGAAUUCAAAUCUUCUACCACAUCAAGCAUUGUUGAACCUCAAUUCCGAUCUGGACCAAACAAUUUUAUUACAAAAUCUCACGUUGAAAGCAGAGAGUACAGUAGCCAACAGAAUGGAGGUCCACCAGUUGUUCAGAGUCAAAAAAUCGAAGAGUUUGAAAAAAUUAUUCAAGACACGCCCGGACAAGUACAGCAAGAGAGAACAAAGAUUAUUACAGAAGGAACAACUACUCCAAGAAUGCAAAAACCAGCGAGAAAAAAUAUUGCUCCAAGAUUUGUAACACCUGUGACAGGAAUGAUUGUAGAUCAAGGCAGUGAUGUGAUUUUAGAAGGAAUAAUUGAUGGUUUUCCACAACCAACAAUUACUUGGUCGAAGAAUGGUCAAGAUUUGAAAGAUAACGUCAAAGCAACUUUUGAGCACAAUCAUGUUCGUCUUGAAUUAAAAAAUGUUAAUGUCAAAGAUGCUGGAAGAUAUACUUGUACAGCAGUUAAUGAUGUUGGCAAUGCCAGUAGUACGGCAGAUCUUGUUGUAAAGAAGACAAUUUUUCCACCUGUUUUUGGCAAACGUCUUCAAGCGCAAGUAGCGAAGAAAGGUGAGCGAGUAAUUAUGGAAGUAGAAAUAACAGGAACACCAGAACCUACUGUUACAUGGUAUAAAAACGAUGAACCUUUGAUGGAUGUUGACGGACAAUUGAAACAGCUUGGCAAUUGUUACUUGUUAAUUAUUGAUGCAGCUGAAAAACGACAUGCUGGUAAAUAUAUGGUUCACGCAACAAAUGCUGGAGGAGAAGCUCAAAGUAUUGCAGAUUUUGCUGUCUUCGAACCAACCCCGGAUACUAUGGUCGAAGUGCAUAAAACAAUUGUUUAUGAAAAUGUUGGUGACAAAAAUAUAAAGUUGGAAGAAAAAAAGAGUGAGUUACCUUCAGCAGCGUUAACUGCAGAGCAUAUUGCAACAACCACAAUUCAGCCAAGUUCAACAUUAAAAACUUUAAUUCCACCUUCCUCUUCCUCAUCUAAAUCCUCUCACAUUCGAAAAAUUGAAGUAAUAGAACCUAAGAGCUCACAUAAAACAGAGGAGUCAAUGAUAGAAAAAGCAAGUCGAUCUGAAUAUAUUUCUUCAACGAUUGAGUCUCAUCAAAGUGAAACAAAAUCAGAACAAAAAUUCCAUAUGAAACUUCAACAUCAAACACCUCUCCUAUUCGAUUCUGAAACACUCACGGCACCUUCGGAACCUACGAUAACGACAAAAACAACGAAAAUUAGUACAGAAGAAACCCAAAGUGGUGGACAACCAGUCUCAUCGAAGACAACAGAAUAUAUGGAGACAUCGAAAAGCGAAGGAGGAAGGGUUGAAGAAAAUGAGUAUGUUGAAACCUCAACAAUUGCUAAAAAAGAUGCUCUUAGUUUCUUUGAAUCAAUAUCCAAAGAAAGUGAAUCUACUCCAAAAGGUCCAAAAGCAAUGAUUAAGCUUACAGAAAAUGAAGAUGGAAACUAUGAUGUCAAAGUAAAUAAAUUAACAAAAAAUUACGAGCGAUCGACUACGUUUCAUGAAACAAAAAAGGCAGCUGAUAUGCCAUCAAAAAAAUCAGUCCAAGAUAUUUCUAAUAAAUUUGAAACUCCAAUUAUUACAAAAGGUGUAGAUAACGUUAUGAUUGAUUUUCCAUAUGAACAAUAUAAACUUCCAGCUUUAAAUAUUCAGAGAACCGUAUUGGAAGAUACUACAGCAUCAGGAUCACCAAUUCAUGGUACUUUAACUAUUUCGAAACUUGUAGCACAGUCAGAAAGUGCAGAACAAAUGCUUUCAGGAUUUAAUUUAGUACCAGAACCUCCACCAGAAAUUGGCUAUAUGCCCAAGCCUGAAGAAGAAUUAAAAAAACGUACAGAUAUUUCAUUUAAAGCUAAACAGCUCGAAGAAUGUCAGAAAAAAACAGUUGAUGCACCAAUAGGUGGUGUAAAAAUUUUCCCCACAUCACCAGAGAAGCAAGCUCCUGUUCCAGAAGUAAAAAAACCGGAAAUGAAAUCUAUAAAUAUUCCUCCACCAUUCGAAUUAAGCCAAACUAAAGAAUUUGCACGAAAAGAAGUCGUUGAAGAGAAAUGUAUUAAAAGAGACGUUCAUAAGAAAAAUGAUAUUAAAAUGUCAACAUAUAGUCCAGCUCCCUCAUCUCCACCUAAAUCAGAGCAGAAUGAAAAGUGGUGGUCAUCUACAUCAGAUUUAGAAACUCGUUCACAUGUUUCAACAGAUUUAUCCGAAUAUCGAUGUCAAUCCGGAGCUUCUAGUCAUUUUGAAGGUCGUGCGACGUCUCCCAAACCAUCUGCGGAUGGUUUAGCGAUGGAAAAAUCAUGGGCAAAAUCAAAAACUAGUGAGUCUAAUCGAAAAUCUUGGCCACCACCAGCCUCUGAUAAUAAAGAAACAACGAAAUGCUUUACUAAGAAAGAAGAGUGGAAAGAACCUGAGAUGGGUUUCAAAACAUCCACGCAUGAAAAACGUCAAGAAAUGGAAGAAAUACCUGGUGGAGGAUUUACAAAAACUAACAUUGAAUCUUCGACGAGCUUAGAAUCUCGUUCAUGGAGUACUCGUGAAAACCAUAUAGAACAAAAAAUUACAGAAAAACCAUCAGAACCCGCUCUACCAAAAUCAAUCAUCAAACUAGCAAAAGCUCCAUCUCCACCGAAGCAAGCUCCAGUAACAAUGUAUAAAGCAGAAACAACUAAAGUUGACCAUAUUGUGAAUUCUGUACAAGAAAAAUCAUUAAUUGAGAAGUAUUCAUCUGAAUGUGAAAUAAAAAAAAUGGAAAGUUCAGAAAAAUUCAGUUCGUACGAAGAACUAAAAGCUCCUGGAUUAGUGAAAGCUGUACCGAUUCCGAAAGUACAACUUUAUCAUGCUAUUGGAGAAGCUCCAAAAAUGGAAUCUGAAAAUAUAAAAUCAUUUAAAGAAUCAACUUCAAUGUUUAAAGGAUCUUUAGCAACAGCUCCCAAACAUCCCGUUGUUCAAUUAUACCACUCAAUACCAGAAAUGUCUAAACAGAAUGAAAUCAUUCUUGAACCUGGAACGCCACCAGAAAUUGGUUAUGUUCCUCCAUCUCCAAUUUGUGAAAAAAAGAUUGAAAAAGUUGAAAAAGCAUUGGAAAUGUCUUUAAAAUCACAACCAGCUCAAAUUCCACCACGUGCAAUCCGUACCAUUCCACCGCCAAUUCCACCAAAAGAUGUAAGAGAAACUCCGCCACCGUUACCAGCAAAAAAAUUAGAACCAUUUUCUUCUGGAUCUGCUCAAUCAUAUGAAAAAUCUUCUUCAAUGUGUAAAUAUAUAAAAAGUCAAAUGAUUGAAUCAGAUUAUGAAUCAGAUUUUGAGUCCUGCCGAUCUAAAUUUCAAUCUUAUGAAAGUGAAGAAGAGCCUAAAUAUAGACAUGUUGAGCCACCAACGCCAAGACCACCACGACCUAAAUCAUCAGAACCUGAACCACUUCCUCCUUCGCGUUUUGAAGUUCCUUCUUCAGAUGUCACAGGACCACCCAGACCAACUGUAACUUCAAUUUAUCCAUCAGAAUCGUCUUGUAAGCAGACAUCAACAAUGAUAAAUAGGACUGAAAAAAUGAUGAAACAACAACAUUAUCAAAACAAAGAAUGUUCACAAGAGCCUAUUUUGAAACCAGGUUCUCCGCCAAUUUAUGUGCAUCCUAAUCAAAAUUUAACUUCAAAGUCUCUACCAAUGAAAUGUAUAAAACCAGAGUCCCCUAAAUUUAAAGUUAAAAGCUUCAAACAAGAAAGUGGAUAUAUGGCAGAUACUGAUGAGCCUUUUCAUCAACGAGAAGGAACUUCAAACACCUUUGAGUCUAAACAAUUUAUGGAGAGUAAAAGUUAUAUGAGCUCUUCAUCUUCAUGUCAAAAAAAAGAAGAAUCCUUAUUUUCGUCUAGUCCUCAUCCUCAAUCUACUACUCCCAAGCAACAAAUUCAAAAAAGUUUUUGUGAAAAAAAUUACAUGUCAUCGACCUGUCCAAGAGGUCUUAAAAGUGAUAAGACGGAAUCAUGCUAUUCAUGGCAAAGUCAAACAAGUUCAGCUCCAAGUCCAUCCAGAUUCGCACGUGGCGAAUUCAGAGAAAGUGACUAUGAGAGUGAUUAUGAUGGACGAAUUCCACCCCUUUGGAAACCACGGAGUGAAUCUGAUAUAGAAGAUCACUCCCAUAAACCUAUGAAGUCCAAUCUUGCAGGGAAACCAAUAAAACCGGCAGUCAGUGUGACUGAAACGGAAGCAGCAAAAAAGGAGUAUGAAAGGACGGAAGAGAAAAAAACCUUUUAUCAAAAAGAAGAUAAAAAAAUUCCACAAUCAACCCCUAAACCAAUUGCUGUGCGUCAAAAAUCUGUUCUUCUUCCUGGAUCUCCACCAGAACUCGCUUUUGCUCCUCCUCGACCUUGUCAGGGAUAUGAAGGUUACUCAGGGAUGCCAUAUCAUAAUGUAAUUGGAACAGAAUUAAAAAAAACGAUGAGGAUGGAUGAAUCAACCGAAAAUAGUAGACGAGUUGUGACUGUUGAGCAAACCAGUAGAGUCAUAAAGUUUGGAGAAGAUCAAAAAUUGAAUCAACAAUCACAAACAUGUUCAACGCCAAAAUAUAAGGUACCGACACCAACCAAGUUUAUUCAAGGUCAAUUCAGAGAAUCUGAUUAUGAGAGUGACAUAGAUACAGGAAAAAUAAAACCUAAAUGGACACCAGCAGAAAGUGAUACUGAUGAUCCAUGUUAUAAAAAAGUUCAACCACCAAAAUUCAGAUCUUCAAGUGUUCCUCCACCACAAGAAAUACGUGAACGAGUUGUUACUCCAAUGGAGUUUGAUAAUCCUCCUAUUAUGGCAUCUCAUACUCAAAGUUUUGAACAACAUCUUCGAAAGUUAAAUGAAGAAAGUGAGAAAUUGAAAACAGUUAAAAAACAAAAUUACAAUUACCACACUUUACCAAUGGAGAAGAAAGAAGAAUGCAAAAGGAGUGUUGAGAGCUUUGGAGACUUUGAAUAUUUCACGAAGGAUAUGAAGAAAGCUGCAAAUCACGUAGCUUCAAAACACAUGAUGGAUAUGACAAGCAGCUUCAAGGCAAAGACUGAAAAAUUUGUCCAAGACAUCCAGUCUGAUCUUAAGCAGCAGAGUAAGCCAAUUUUAAAACAUUCUGAUAAACGUCAUCUUGAAUCGUGUAAUGAUCCUCAAGCUUAUCGUGAAGAAAAAAGGAUGGCGCAAUAUGGAACUAAACACAUUGAUCCGGAUACGGGCCUGAUCUACUUCAAGUAUGACUUUGGCUACGAGUUCGGCAUUGUAUUACCUGGGGAAGGAAAGAAGACUAUUGCCAGUAAUAGUAAAACCAUCCAAGGUCAACGACGAGCAAGUGAUAUAGAUAUCCCAAUUGUUCAUGAAUUUACAAGUCGUCAGGAGAAUGCAUUUUCUAGAGCAUCAUGGCAAAAUCAUCACCAAAAUCAACCUAAAAGUCCAGGAAAUAAAUACUCAAGUAGUUUAAAAACUGUAAAAUGGGAGCCAACAUCAGAGAGUGAAUUUUCGGAAGCUGAAGACUCGAUUAGAAGGAAGAAAAGAGGAAUGAUACCAUCCCCACCAAGUCUCUUUAUUUCUUCAAGUCCAAGUUUUCCAAAGUGGGAUCCGAGAACGCCAUCACCAAUUUCUCUCAGCCCUAGUCUUCCUAGCUUUUCGCCUAAACACUCCAGUGCUACUACAGGACCUCCUAGCAACGUUGACUCCAUUGCAGAAUCACCAUGGCCAAGUAGCAACGGAGUUUCUUGUCCUAAAGAAGUUAUUCAACCUUACCUUGAUAUAUUGCCAAAGAAAGCUCCAUUUUUUAUAACACCAUUGAGAGAUAUUGCAGUUGUCAGUGGCCAAACAGCAAGAUUUGAAUGCAUCGUUCAAGCAGAACCCCAACCAAAUAUUCUUUGGACUAAAGAUGGGAGAAUUGUUGAAAAUUCAGUAAAUUACGAAGUCUAUUAUAGAAACGGUGUUUGUCGUUUAGUCAUCUUCUGUGCCUGUCCUAGUGAUGCUGGCACUUACGUUUGUACAGCAACAAAUAGUCUUGGUUCGACGACUACUUCUGCAACACUUCAAGUCCCAGGUAAUAGAAGAUCUAUGUAUAUGGGUAAAUAAUUCAAGGUGUUGGGUAUUUCAAGAAAACUCUCUAAUCAAAAUAAUGGAAGACGAUUCAUUAGAAAAAUUCUCCCGAAAUUUUAAUGAAUAAAAGAAAAAUUUCUGAAUAACAAAAAUUAAUUUCAGUAUCUUGGGAUUCUGUUGUUACUUAUCCAUAGAAAUAAUUGCUUCCAUACGUUAAAAAUUACUCUUGUAAAAAAUGGCUUUUCUUAGCACUUUCGUCCAUAAUUCAUGAUUUUUUUGCUUUGGUGAAUGGCGUAUUGAAUGAAAGGGGAAUUUUUCAUCACAUUAGAUAAUGCACAAUAUACUAACGGUAAAUAAACAAAUACUAGUCAGUAAAAUUUAGAGAAAAAUUUUUUUAUAAUUAAAUAAGUACUCAAGUAGUACUUAAAUAUAUUUGAUCAAAUAUAUCAUUAUCACGUCAUAAUAAUAUUUAUAUUUAUUAUGAUUACUCAUAAAUCAUCGUUGAUUUUUUUGUUUUAAUUUUAAAAGUCUAUUGUAUUAUCACUAUUAAUCGUUAUUUGUUUUUUUUUUUAUUUAUUACUUAAACGAAAAAAAAUCAUUAAUCUAUAUUUAUGAUCAACGAAAUAUAUAAAUAUAUAUUUAAGGAAAAAAAUAAUAACAAUGAAUGGCAAAAAUUAUACAAGGUGUAAUUCUUACACAUUCAUUAUAGUUAUGUAAAUAAAAGUGUGCUUAUUAUAAAAAA